AAGUUUGUGGUGAUUUUUUAUGGCAAUCACAGGUGACUUUGUGACCUCUCCAGGCCAGUUUCCUUAUGUAAAUGAGAAUAUUAAUGGUAAUACUUAGAAUUUAAAAAAUGUACAGUGCUAGCUUUUCCUUGCACAAGGUGAAUGCUUGACAGAACUAUUACCGCUUUUAGGAUCUGAUAGGAAGACGUUUGCAGGGCUUUGAGAACACACAAGGAGGAGGGGCAGUUAACCCAGCCUCUGGUUCAUAAACGCACCCAACCAUCCAGUAAGGUUAAUGAAGAAGUUAAAAUUGAUUUUAAAAGACAAUAUAUAGCAUUUUUUUGGCCAAAUGACAGAGUUCACACACAAAAAAAUCUCCACCCCUAAUUUCUAAGAGUGACUGCAAUCAUCAGAGAAACCCUUUUCAGGUGAUAACUCUUAUUACCUGGUAGAUGCCCCGGUGACUUUCUUAUUUUUCUAGAGGUGAUUCUGAAUGGUCAUUCCAGGACACAUUAAUUAAUGGACCAUAAAAAUAAACACUGCAACUGGAGACUGGAAGUGUAAAUUCAGUUGCCUAUCAGGAAUGUAAUCUGUGACCAUGACACUUUGUCCAUAGGAAUGAACAGAGGGAGGGCUGGACUGGUCUAGGGACUUGGUUCCCAGGCUUGUAAGGAUUAUUUCUCUCUGAGGGCUGGACAGGAGCUGGGCCAGAGAGUUUGCCUUUGAGCUGUUCCCAUUUGUUCAUCCAGCUCCCAGAGAGACGUCAUUGCCUUCAUUAUGGGUUGCUCUGGGCUAGUGAUGGAGGAGUUAGCAGGGUGGCCUGGAGUGGCUCUCUGCAGGCUGGUGCCAGCUGACACAUGCCACUUAGGUUUCCAAGGAGCCAAGCUGUCCCCACUCACGCAUGGCUGAUGCACUUGUGGCUAAAUGCGGUGCCGCUAGGGCCCCAGGCCAGAUUCAGGGCAGGAAAUAGAAUGCCACCUCCAUCACCAGGGAAACAAUGGUCUGCGUGCAUGAUUUAAACCGGGGCCAACAAGAAAGCUCAAAGGCACAGUCAGCAGAGGAAGGGAGACAAGAGAAUGGCUUGCAUGGAUUUUGUCUUGGGUUAUGACUGUUGACAAGCCACUUAACUGCCCCCAUGUUUAGGUUUAUCUGCAUGUAAGAUGGAGGGAACAAUACGCAUCUCACAGGGGACUUAUGAAAACAACAUUUCUGAUAGACCACUCGGAAUCCAUGGAUGGAAGGUGGUAUAACAGAGAACGAGUGGAAGAGAAAGAAGCAAAACCAAAGCACACGCUGAGCACCAGAGGUGUGCAAGCUGAGCUCAGAGGCCCUUGGGAAGAGAGCCAGAAGGCGGACCUGCCAGAGGGGACAGCAUCUGACCUCCUUACCCAGGCAGAGGCCUCACCAGAGCAGAGAGAGGGAAUUCCUGGCCCAACUCCGGUGCGCCCAGAGGUGGAAGUCCAAACUCCUAGAGCAUCCAGCGAGAACCCUGGGAUUGGCCUGGAACUGUCUGUGGUGUCUGAAAGGGUCAGUGAGGCUCCCACUGGCCAGGAGGCUGCAUUGCGUGCAGGACGAGGAACAUCACCCAGUAGGCCUGACCCUCGGCCCUCGGUGGAGGGCAUGCGGCUGACUCCAGCACCGCCAGCUCAAGCCAAGGCAGCUCACAGUGGUGGAGAAACACCUCCAAGGAUCUCCAUCCAUGUGCAGGAGACAGAUACCCCUGGGGAGCUGCUUGUGACACGAGGGGGCAGCCUCAGAACCUCACCCCCUGCAGAGACUCCAGCAGCUGUGCCUCCAGGUGAGCAGGACCCACCUGGGCCCAGGUGCUGCCCCCAGGCCCCCGGGACUGAGUCAGGAAAACCUAUCCCCAGAGGAGCCAGUGUGCGGAAGCGGAGCUGUGAUGGGGGAGCAAAGGCCAAAGAGAAGCAAGGACCUGGGUCCGAGCUGACCAUGGCGCCAAGCAGGGCCAGGAGGGACAAGGCAGCUGAUUCCGGGGCCCCAGGCCCACAGCAGGACACGAGCCCUGGAGCAGGGAACCCUGACCCUGGGAAGGACUGCACAGCUGGGGGUGCGGGCAGUGCCGAAGCAGGAAGGAGGACACCGCCAGGAGCUGAGGCGGGCAGCCUGGUUCUAGACGACAGUCCGGCCCCGCCAGCCCCUUUCGAGCACCGGGUGGUGAGUGUCAGGGAGACCUCGACCUCAGCGGGUUACACCGUGUGCCAGCAUGAAGUCCUGGGAGGGGGCCGGUUCGGCCAGGUUCACAGAUGCACGGAGAAGGCCACAGGCCUCUCGCUGGCAGCCAAGAUCAUCAAAGUGAAGAGCGCCAAGGACCGGGAGGAUGUCAAGAAUGAGAUUAACAUCAUGAACCAGCUCAGCCAUGUGAACCUGAUCCAGCUCUACGAUGCCUUUGAGAGCAAGAACAGCUUUACCCUCGUCAUGGAGUAUGUGGAUGGGGGUGAGCUCUUUGACCGGAUCACAGAAGAGAAGUACCACCUGACUGAACUGGAUGUGGUCUUGUUCACCAAGCAGAUCUGCGAGGGUGUCCAUUACCUCCAUCAGCAUUAUGUCCUGCACUUGGACCUCAAGCCUGAGAAUAUACUGUGUGUCAAUCAGACAGGACACCAAAUUAAGAUCAUUGACUUUGGGCUGGCCAGAAGAUACAAGCCUCGGGAGAAGCUGAAGGUGAACUUUGGCACUCCUGAGUUCCUGGCCCCAGAAGUCGUCAAUUAUGAGUUUGUCUCCUUCCCGACGGACAUGUGGAGUGUGGGAGUCAUCACCUACAUGCUACUCAGUGGUUUGUCCCCAUUUCUAGGAGAAACAGACGCAGAGACCAUGAAUUUCAUUGUGAACUGUAACUGGGAUUUUGAUGCUGAUACCUUUGAAGGGCUGUCAGAGGAGGCCAAGGACUUUGUCUCUCGGUUGCUGGUCAAAGAGAAGAGUUGCAGAAUGAGUGCCACACAGUGCCUGAAACAUGAGUGGCUGAAUAAUUUGCCUGCUAAAGCUUCAAAAUCGAAAGUUCAUCUCAAAUCCCAACUAUUGCUGCAGAAAUACAUGGCUCAGAGGAAAUGGAAGAAACACUUCUACGUGGUGACUGCUGCCAACAGGUUAAGGAAAUUUCCAACUUGUCCCUAAUCCUCAACUCUGCUGCUCCCAUGUGCCUCGAAAUGACUGGGACUGGUGGUGAAAUCAUAACUGAAGAUUCCUAGUAAUCUGGCUUUCUACUUAUUUUGUUUCAAGAAGGUUAUGACUGUUGCCUUCCUUGUGGAUGAAAAGUGGCUGUAAGAAAGUGACCUAAGAAUUUUUUCUGCCUUGUAAGAUCACUGAGUUGAAAUGCUGUGGUUACUUUUCAAGUGUACCUACUUUUGGUGAUAAGUAUAGGCAUGCUUUAAGUAGUAGGUAGGAAAGCUCCUAUUUUGCUAAUGUCAACUUUAAAGUCAGCUUACUUUGAUUAAAGAACCCAGUGGACUGUCACACAGGGCAUGUUAGUCAGUGUUACCUCCUCCAGUUCAAAGAAUUCCUAGCGUUUUGAUUUACUCAAAAGUGAGCUGACAUUUUGUACUACAUUUGUUGCUCUAGUGUGAAGCAAUGUAGAUUUAGGGCAGAGAUCCUCAAGCUUGUUUUAGCUUGUACUCCCUUUCAAGAAUCAAAACAUGCAUACCUCUACCCUCUCCUAAUUCUGCCGUGUCCUGACACUGGCAGCCUCCAUCCUAACCUGUCUUUCUGUUAUGAAUCUAUGGUCUAGUAAGUCUGGGAACUGAUAUGUAAUAUGUGAAAAGAGAUAUGUCAUAUGUGAGAAGAGAAUGCAGUGGUGUUCAGCGUUCUGAGAGAAACAGAAACGAUGCACUGUGAGAAAUCAAAUGAAAACUGCUCUCCUCCUGCUUUAAGGGGAUAGAACCAUCACUUAACUAACUUCCUGAAAUGAGUAACAAGGAAUGCUUUAUUAUUCAAAAGUAAAUAUUCCUUUUAAUUUCCUCACUGCUAACUUGAUUUUCAUGGUAUUCCCAUGACCUUCUUGGGUAAGCAGUUUUUACUUUUAGUUUUUAAUUAGCCAUGCAACAGUUUCACAUUUUUUGUCCCAUAAUACUUUUAUUUGUUUAUUUAUUUUUAAGUAGAGGACAUGGGUGUGGGGAGAGGGGCAGAAGAUGGAGAGGUUAAUCCUCCCGAUGCAUUUCUUUGGUCAUAAUGUUCCUCUGGAACACUAAUGCCUGUUGGGAAGCUAAGAUUUUCAAUACUGGCACGCCUUGGCCUGCUCCAAGCUGACUGGCUAGUGGAUGAAUAUCAGAAGAGAUGGCUGCUGGAAAUCUCUCUUUCAUGGGCCAGUAACCGUGACUUAGUAAAAUGCUUUAAGGUAUUUUGAAAGCAGCCUCAGAAGGAGCUAGAGGGUAUCUAUAGUUCUAUCUAUAGUAUGGUUAUUCUUCCCCUCCACAGGACUUCACAUUGGUGGGGAAUGCUAUGAAUCUUCUCCCCAGAAAAAUGGAGUCUCCCCAGUUAGUUAUUCUAAUCUAGAACACCACUGCCUAACAGAAAUAUAUGAGUCAAAUACAUAAUUUUAAAAUGUGUGAUAGAUUCUCUUUAAAAAAAUCUGGUAAAAUUAAUUUCAAUAAUUUAUUUAGCAUAAUAUAUUAAACAUUUCAAUAUAUAAUGAUUAUAAAAAGUAUUGAUAAGCUAUUUUAUGUUCUUUUUUUCAUACUAAGUCUCCAAAAUUUGGUGUGUAUUUUGUACUUAAAACACAUGUCAGUUCGGAUUCUAGGUUUUUAUCAGACAUAAUUUGUAUUUAAAUUUCAUAAAAUUUACUGUGGAAAAAUAUACUCACAUACUCAAGUUAUUCAAAGCAUCUUAAAUAUUUUCUAGUAUUUUUACAUUUAAUAAAAAUUAGGAAUUAGGAAUUCAGUUUUACAGUUGCAUUAACCACAUUUUAAGUGCAUUUAGCCACAUAUGGUUUGUGGCUGCUAUAUGAUAGGACAGAUCCAGGGAAAAUCUGAUAGUUAUCAAAUUUUAAUUUUCCCUUGUAUGCUAUAAUUCUCUACCUAAAGAAACAACUUUUCUCCAAAGUCCCUUUGAGGGAUUUGUUUAGGCCAGACCCACACAAGUGAGAGUUACUGCAGAAGUUAGCCUCCCUUAUUUGGCUUAUUUGAAAUGUGAGGGAGCUUUUAUGAAGCUUUAAUUUUCUGGAUAUAUUAUUAAAAAUUUUCUGGAUAUUUUUAGUUCUCUGCUAUGUACUUAACUAAAAAAAUUUUUAGACUGACGCUUUGCUGGUAUUAACUAUUUCUAAUUAAAAACUGCUGAGAGAUCCAAUAUAAAAUAAAAUUUUUAAAAAAGAAAGAAAACUGCUUGGCAGAGGAAAUCUGACAUGUAGUCAGGACCCACAUUUUAUCUAUCAGAUUUAGUGGGGGUGUGGGCAAAACAGGAUUUUUCACUCUUGAUGAAUAUGUAUCCAAUCCAAAUAAAAGUCAUGCCCACACUUUCACCCAGUGAUUCCAUUUCUAGAAAUUUAUCCCUCAGCAAUAUUUGAACAAGUGGGCAGAGGUGUAUGCAAAAUGACAUUUACUGUAGCAAAAUGGCCCAAUGAAAACAACCUGCAUGUGAUCAUCAGUAUGAGUUUAAAUUUUGCCACAUACGUAUAGGAGGUUGCCUUAUAGCUGUUAAAGAUAGAUCUUGAUGUACUAAUUUUUAUUAUGAAAAAAUUAUGGAACAUAUAUAUGGUAUUAUCCUCUUUGUGAAGACAUGUUUAUAUAUGUGUUAAAUUUUUCUAGGUUAUGCAAGAAACUUGACAGUGGAAUGUGGAAAUUGGGUGAUGGGGAGAGAGGGAAUUCUACUUUUCACGUUAUUUCUGAAUCAUUUGAAUUUUUUUAACAAUGAGCAUGUAUUGCUUUUAUAAUUAAAAAUUAGCCACCUCUUGUCAAGUGUGGACCUGUCUUGACCCUGAUUUGAGCAAAUAAAGAUAUUUCAGAGACA